GAGAUUAAAUCUGCUAAUCAACUGGAAAAAAAAGAGAACCCAGACAUUAAAAAAAUUUUUGAAAUUAGGGAAAAAAAUCGUCCCCUUACUUCUCUUCUAAAAAACAAAGUUGGAUAUCAACAAUUAGAAAAAUAUCCCCAAGAAGUGGAUUAUUAUCUAGCAAAGGAUGAAGAAAGAAAAGUUAAAUUGGAAGUGGAAAGGGGAAAAAUUGAGAAAGAAAUAAGUAGUGUCGAAGGAGAAGAAUUAGACCAAAAACUUCGGAGAAAGAAUGAUUUAGUGGCUUUUAUUCACACUUCUUACCUUAAUGAGUUAAAACUAAGGGGGAAAACUGAUUUGGAAUCGGUCUCAGAAAAUAAUGCAAAACUUUCCUCUUAUGAAACAUUGGAAUUUUUAGGGGACAGUGCGCUAAAUUUUUAUACCAGCCUUUUUAUUUAUCAUAAAUUUCCCGAUUAUGCCGAAGGACAAAUGAGUAAAUUGAAACAAUUAAUGGUUCAAGAAAGCACACUGGCUCAUUUGAGUCGGGAAAUUGGUUUAGGGGAGUUUCUCCAAUUAGGAACUGGGGAAAGAAAUAACCGAGGAGCUGAGAAAGAGAGCAUAUUGGCUGAUGUAUUUGAGUCUUUUGUAGCGGCGUUAUACUUAGAAAGGGGCGGUAAAAUGGUUCAGCGGUUCCUUAACUUAACCAUUUUUACUUGGAUCAAAGGAAAAGAGAAUAUGGUAAUAAGGAUCGAGCAUCAGCAAUUAUUCAUUAUGGAAGUCAGUGAUGAACUAAAAACUUUUCAAGAGAGUGGAAAGGGUCGGAGCAAAAAAGAGGCUGAGCAACAGGCGGCUGCCAAGGCGAUUAAAAAAUUAGGGAUUGGAGAAGAAAAAAAAGAAUAG